UUCACUUAGGCAGUAUCAAUGUCUACCCCUACUCCACCGACGGCGCAGUUUUUCUUCUUUUCCACAAUUAUUUUCGACCGCGCAACAACACAAAAAAUGCCACUCACGAGGAAACUACGAAAGAGGCGGAGAAGUUUAAUAUUUCCACCAUCGCCGUCGGUUGCAGCGCC